UGUACUCGUACCGUGCCUGGCAAGAUCUCUUUCUUCUCAUUCAAAACUCUUUCCGCCAGCAUGCGCUUAGUAUCCGCUGACAGUGGCAGGGCAUGUUUCCACUUAAUGUGGGGCGGGUCCCAUGCAAGUACAGGUCGAAAUGAGGAGCGGAGGCAGAAAACCGACUCAUCUCUCCUUUCUACACCACCCGCAAACCAGACUUCCCUUUUCCCAUUCAAAAAUGUCUCCCACUACACUCAUGCCUAGCACUUCCAGCCUUCGAGUUGAGGUUGGCAUCCCCCGAGGCAUACCCAAGGCAGGCCUCUCUUUGGCUUCAAAGAAAGCUCGGUAUGAGGCUAUCAACAAGAAGCUCCUGGCGGCUCACAAGGAGCACGUUGCACGAGUCAAAUCGUCGUUCUCUCACUUCGCUCGUCUUCAAAGACACUUGUCAGCUGGCAAGUCCAAGGGGAACAAGCUGAGCAAGAAAACCUCUUGCUCCGUCCUGUCCCCAAGCAGUGAUUUCAGUGUCAAAAAGAACGGUAUCGUUGAAGGGGGAAAGACUACCGACCUCGUCAAUGAUUUUGCCACCAAAAUGUCCAUUGAUGGCGCCAAGCCACCAACGUCCGAGGUCAGCGUGGUAUUGCAAAAAAGGAGCAGCUCCUCUGUGUCCCCUGACAUGGAGGGAUGUGCGAAAAUGAUGGCUCGUCUUGCCAUCGCGCACGACGUGCACCACACGCCCGCCAGGAUUCUUUCCACAGAUCUGGAUUCUCUCGGCCUCUCGAGUGAAGCGAAAGUGACGGCAGGCGACAAGGGUAGGCGUAGUCGCCACUCUUCCACUACGCUUUCCCUCAGGUCCAACAUUUCCGCCGCUGAGGACGACGACGCUCCCGAUAAUGAAUUCAAGAGCACUCUCUUUUUCUCCAAGCUGCUUGCUGGUGAAGUCGACGGUUUGACCAUCGUUCUCUGACCAUCAAGGGUGCGUCGUCUGUAUCACAGUAAGGUGCACCAUGGAGAAUUCCGGAAAAGCGGCGUUGCUUGUUUGGC